AUGAAGUCCACCCUGAUUUGCACCGCCGCCCUCUUGGUCUUUGCCAAGGACGUCUUGGCAGCCAAGGGCGACGAAAAAGGUCACGCCCAAGAAGACUGCAAUGGCAAAGCGUGCGAGUCCUAUGGUGACUGGCCACCGCAGUCUUCCGAACCGGGGACUGUCGAGGGCUGGCCAGUGUACCCUUCUGGGUAUGGGCCACCGCAGUAUCCCCAGUAUCAGGCUGGGCCGUCGCAGCCGCCACCCGAGAGGAAGAAGGAGGAGAAGAGGACGAUUUGCGAAAUCAGCAUCAAGCUGUGGGAGAACAAGUGGGAACCGCCAAGCGGCCGAAGGCCCGGGAGCUGGGUCGUUCAAUGGGUCGACAAGCCAAAGAGACUGGCCGCCGUGGGGGUGCAGAGGAAUCUUUAUGGCUAUUGGUGCACGGUCGGACCGGCAUGCAAUGUCGCAUGCGCGGGAGUGCCAGUCCGCGAGAAAACCAUAAAGUACUGGGCCUAUGGAGUCUAUGGAACAAGGCUUAAAGAGCUUGAUCCGAUGCAGAUAGCAGAGGCCUAUACGGACGACACGGGCAUAGAAGGGGUUCCAGGGAGAGACCACAGGUUGCCCGAGGGCCCAGGAGCCCAGGCGAUGCCCUGGGAAGAUCAGGCAAGGCAUUUGAGAGAUACAAAGCGGUUGAACCCAAACUUUCCCCAUGGUGUGCCGGGAAAUGAUAGGAGAAGAUAUUAA